GCUGGUGGCGUGGUGCGAUAGUUCCAAAGAUUGGGAUAUACUAAGUGAAUCGUGACGAUGUUUUUAGAUUGGCUAAGAUUCGCGGCUAAAUACCUAUCUAAGCUAAAAAGGUCUAUUUCGUUCAUAUAGGUAAGUAUGUAAGUGCCGAGAUAAGGAAAACCAUCAACGUCACAAGGUCCGAGGACUAUUCAUAUUUCUUCUUGUUAUAGAGCCGAGUCAUCCGCGUUUUGUUUUAUUUUUAUUUCUCAUCUCCAUGUCUAAUAAAGAUUAAGAAAGACAGAACGGCAGCAGCAACGGUUCGUACGACAAGAAGCUAGACGGACAAGAAGACAAUGGGUUGGGAAUACAAGACCGUGCUCAUGGUAGGCUGCACCGCCGGCCUUGGCGUCGCCAUGGCGGAGCGCAUGAUUGAGGCCGGCAGCUUCGUGAUCGCUGUUGGACGACGCAAGGAGCGGCUGGAUGCGUUUCUGGAGAAGCAUGGGGGGGAUAAAGUUGCUGUUGAACAGUUUGAUAUCACGGAUAUCGAGGCCGUCAAGGGGUGGGCUGAAGGGAUCGUUAAAGCCCACCCACGUCUCGACUGCGUGGUCCUCAACGCAGGGAUCCAGCGACCAUGUAACUUUGCUCGGCCGGAGGCGAUCGACGUCGAUCUGGUGCGCAAGGAGAUCGACACCAAUUAUACCUCGUAUAUAGCCUUGACAGCGGCGUUCCUCCCACACUUGCAGGCGCUCUCGCGGAAGGGAAGAGGCGCGGCCCUGGUGGCCGUGUCGUCGGGUCUCGCCCUCGUCCCGCUCCCGCGCUGCGCUAAUUACUGCGCUACCAAGGCCGCGCUGCACGCCCUCGUGUGGUCGAUUCGCGCGCAGCUUCGGGCUGAUGAGAAGAGCCAAGGCGUCAAGGUCAUCGAGGUUGUGCCGCCUGCUGUGCAGACGGAACUACACGAGCUACAAGAAGACAUGCGCGCAGCAGGCCUAGCUAAUAUUGGGAUUACCAUCGAAGAGUUCAUGAAAGACUGCUGGCCGGGGCUGGAGAAUGGCGACGAGGAGAUCUUGAUCGGGCCUAUCAGGGAGAACUUCGGUACCCUUGAGGACGGACGAAGGAAGGCGUUUGCUCGCUUCGUUAGUACUGUUCCUAAAUGAGAGCCUAAGUAGAGGAUUGCUUCUUUGGAGAAGAAGAUUCUUGACUGAGGCACGAUGUUGAUGUAGUGUAUAUUAAAAUACACGAGGACUGAUCUUCUGUAAGUUUAUAUAUAAGAUCUUGGUAUGAGGACUGGAGCUCAAAUAUAAACGAUCUAAUGAACUCUACAUUUGAUUGCGCCACU